GUUUGGGUGUUCCUGUUAUUCUGAGAAACUCAGAAGAAACAGAAUCCAGCACAAGAGUAUUGAAAAGGCGGAUGAGACAAGUGAAGAACCCUUUUGGGUUAGAAAUCCCUCAGCCUGCUACAGCUUCGGUAACAGAGGGUAUAAUACUGGCACCAGACUGCUUGGAAGACUGUGUUCUCACGUGCUACUGGGGCUGCAGUGUGCAAAAACUCCACGAAGCAUUGCAGAAACACGUCUACUGCUUCCGAAUAAGGACUCCUCAGGCAUUGGAGGACGCUCUGUACAGCGAAUACCUCUAUCGACAACAGUACUUCAUCAAAAAAAAUGACAAGGAAGAAAAAUAUUGUCAGUUACCAGAAGAUGCUCAAGUUGUCAAUUUUGGCCUAGUGCCUAGAUCUCGCUACCCAUUGGUAGCGUUGCUGACGUUAGCUGAUGAAGAGGACAGAGAAAUAUAUGAUAUUAUUUCAAUGGUGGCUGUAAUUCACAUUCCUGAUGAGAGCUACAGACUUUCCUGCAGAAUGUUGUAUCAGUACCUACUGCUAGCUCAAGGUCAAUACCAUGAUCUGAAGCAACUCUUCAUGUCCGCAAAUAGCACCGCACCGUCUUCAAGCAUUACGUCCCCCGGUGACAGAAGCACUGACAGAAGCUUGCUAGAAAAGGCUGGGCUGGCUGAAGAGGAACCAGAAUUGCACGAAGAAACCAGUAAAGACUGUGUUGUUUGCCAAAACGGCGCGGUGAACUGGGUGCUGCUGCCCUGCAGGCACGUGUGCUUGUGCGAUGGCUGCGUUAAGUAUUUCCAGCAGUGUCCGAUGUGCAGGCAGUUUGUUCAAGAAUCUUUCCCGCUUUGCAUUAAAAAGGAGCUAGAUUAAGAUGAAUCGACCCAUAUCUUGCAAGAUGUUCUUCCUGCAAG